UCCGUUCCCGCACACCCCAGUGAUUAUUCUAUCAAUUACUUUCAUAAACACUUUGCAUUCCGCCGGAUUUUUGCACACUUCCUGGUGGGAAUUCUCCGCGCGAUGUGUUUUUCCUGCUGCUGUUCGUGCAGUCAUUCAACGCAAUUACAUCUGACACCUCUCCUCAUCAAACGUCUGGGCUUUCUCUUCCCUUGAAGCGGCUGACAGACGACGGGCCAGACACUGGGAAUUAUUACGUUAGGACAGUGACAGCUAAUUUUAAUCAUAACGUUCCCUGUGAGCGAGGCAGGAAUGAACCAAGAGCCGGCACGGCUGCAUGAGGUCUGGGGGCUGUGGGCAGCAAGGCAGGGCUGGAGUGAGCUCCUGGAGCGGGCCAGGGAGCUGGAGGCUCUGCACUUCUGCCUCCUUCAUCAGGGGCUGCUCCGGGGGCCAGAUGGGUGCCCAGGAGGGCACCUGCAGGGCCUUCUCCCCUUCACGGCUCCUAUGGGAUUUUGUUCAUGGUGUGAGUGGGAUUUGUGCACCUCGGGACAGACAGCCCUUUCUGGGCCUGUCCUCGACAGCUCAGGCUCUCUCUGAGCUCUGCUGUUCCAUGGCUGUUUCCCCUCCUGCAGGGCCCUUUCCUGCCUGGCUGUGCCCUCCCAAAGCUCUGGGUGCCCGGCUGAGCACCGGGGAUGUUGGCUGGGCUCGGUUGUGACGGGUGCAUUCGUGACUUGUGUCGUGUGCUCUGUGUGAAGCUGGGCUGGGAUGAGCUCAGCAGUGAUGGGGUGGGCAGAGCUGGGCAGGAGGGUGCUGUGUCCAUGAGCACCGGGCACUGCCAGCUCUGGGGAUGGCUCCAGCCCCUGUGUGUGCUGUGGGCAGCUCUCAGCAGCUGCCGGUGCCGGUGGCUCGUGUUCGGGUGCUGGGUGUGAGACCAGGGGGGCUGAUCCUGUCUGCCCCAUCUCAUUCCUAUUGAUUCCAGCUGAGAAUCCUCCCCUGGCUGCUGGGAACCGUCCCCUGGCAGAGAGCAGCACCAGAGCGAGGGGUGGCUGCAGGCUGGCUGCACACACUGCCGGAGCCCCACGGGGAGCUGUCAAAAAAAAGGCCGUUUUAGGGCUUUGCUACUUAAAUAUCAAAUAGCAGCUCUUCCUUGGGCCCCUUGGGAGGGAAUUUCCUGAGAACUGCGAGUCCCCAGGAACCAGAUGGGAGCAGCAAGUCCCCUUGCAUGGACAAAGCUCUGUGUAGCUGGGGCCAGACUGGAGACACUCCCCACUGACCUCGCUCUUGCUGAGGGGCUUAAACAUUAGGGGAGUGGGAAGCACUGGGGGCAGGAGCUGGGGCAGCCCAGCACUGUUGGAAAUACCUGCAGUUUGCAAGGUUAAUUCCUGCUGUCUGGUGAGGUGAGCGCUGGCCUGAUCACAUUCACUGAGUUAGGUGUGCGGGUUUUUUUUGUUUUUAAUUCACAUGCUGCAAAUUUGAGCUCCUUCUGCUGCUCACAUGACAGCAAAGAGGGGCAGAGAAAUGGCGCUGCCACCCCCAGCGCGUGGCGGGAGCCUCCCUGCCC